AUGAACAAUCCAGGACAGCUGUUCGUCAGGGCUCUGUACGACUAUGAAGCGGACGACCGCACUUCAUUGUCAUUCAAGACCGGCGACAUCAUACAGGUCUUGACACAGCUGGAAAGUGGGUGGUGGGACGGCGUCAUCCAUGGGACUCGUGGUUGGUUCCCCAGCAACUACUGUGCGGUAGUGAAUCCUCCGUUCGACGAUGGCAGGAGUAUGCUCAUCGGAGGUGCUGGAGACUCUGAAGCCGAGGAAUCAGAGGAAGAGUACAGCGAGCAAGAGUUUGAGCAAACCACGAACGGCGUGAAUGGUCAUCAUAAUGGCACGGCGACGAGUACACAGGAGGAAGCGGCGUUCUGGAUACCCCAAGCCACUCCAGAUGGCAGACUAUUCUACUUCAACACAUUGACUGGAGAGAGCACAAUGGAAUUGCCUCUCGAGGCACCUACCUCUGCUAACGAGACCGGACCACGCGAUCGAACAAACGUCUUCAUUCCUGACCAGACGAGACCACCACCGGAGCUUAUGGCGGCCGGGUAUGAGCGCGACGAGGACACUGACUACGCUUCUGCUUCCGAGACGGAAGAUCGCUCGAUGAUACGAAGCUCGAAAGGAUCCAGUAAUCGGCGGCGUAGGUCAUACCUCUCGGAUGGCGUCUCACCCGCAACUUCAAUGGACUCACUAAACAACACUUCACCGCUGACACGUUCGCGCACGAACCUCACCGAAAAUAGCACAGCGACUUCUUUCUCUGCCGCACAACAGGGUAUGCCACCCAUAGGUACGACCAUGACUUCCUUCGUGAAUUCACCUGCUGGAGCCUCGGCAACCUCACUUCUGCCUCGCCGCUUCUUUGAUGAUACGCACGCGGUACCAUUGACUUGGAAUACCAUGGUCGAAGAUAUGCGCCGCGCUGUACAGCGAUAUCGAGAAGUAAUCUCAAACGGAGAAAGGUCCGAGUUUGUGCGCAGAGCUGAAGAUAUUUCCGACCAUCUGCGACUACUACUCGCCGCUGGCUCUGGUACUACGGACAAUCAUUCGGGCAACCCAUCCAUCAUCUCAACUAACAAGGCACUAUACCCACACUUCCGAGAAGUGAUGUCGCGCUUUUCGAAGCUGGUUUUGUCUUCGCACAUCGCUGCUGCUGAUUGGCCUCCGCCAGACUCAUACCAGAAAUGUCUGCAGGAAGCCGAGGGCGUGCUACACGGGGUGUACGGCUUUGUCGAGGUUGCACGACAGCAAAGGGGCGAAGAAAUCCCGCGUCUUACACCAGGCUUCGUUAGCGGCAGUAGGACAGCAGGCAAUUGGCAAAGCCAUGGACUGACGCCAAAGGACCCGUUGACGUCCAUGUCAUUCGUUGACGAUGAGCCAGAUGUCAUGACUGAGCCUACAGCACAUCUCGAUCAGUCAUUACUCGAGAGAAUGGAGGAUCUCAAGCGCUUGAUUGUGUCUAGCAUACGACGACUGGAUGAGCAGCUUGUGCUUCGACAAAAAUUGAUCACGCCUGCUAGACAUCGAUCACUCAGCAAUGCGGUGUGCAGGUCUGGCAGCCAGGUUGUGGAAGUCUGCCGGCCUUAUCUUUCGACCAUCGAAUCGAUCAACUUGGCCCCUCUCGGCUCGAGCUUCACUAGCCCACAGCUGAAUGACUUCGCAGAUCACAAGCAGAAAUUGUAUGAUACGACAUCCGAUCUAAUCGUAGCAUGCCAAGGCGUAGCAACGCCACUCGGCGACGAAUGGUCAGAGAUCCGUGGGCCAUCGAUGGAAGAACGCAUGGGUCGCGUGCGAACGGUUGGUCGUGACCUCGAUACCGCUGCUUCACAAAUCCUGUUCUCGCUGCAACUCCUUUCUGAGCUUAUCCCGAACGAUGGCACCAGCAGAGAUCCUCACCGAAUGACUGAUGGCGGUGCAUCAUACCAGCAACAUCUGCGUGAUGCCUCGAAGAGCUCUUUGCGCCCUGGCAUGCUCUCAGAUGGCGGCCAAUCGAAGUCGUACUCAGAAGGUCUUCAGCCGUCGGAUCCUUCAGCAGAUAUUAAGCGCAACGGGGAGAAUUCGAAGGUCAAGCGUUUCUUCGGAGAAGUUCCUAAGCCGGCUAUUCCGGGCCGUGACUCAGAAGAGAUGCCAGACUAUCUGAAGCUCGACCACGAAGGUGAGAUCGCUUACGAUGCCAAGACAGAUGUGCCGCAACUCCGUGGUGGCACUCUCACUGGACUGGUCGAACAGCUUACGAGACACGACCGACUUGAAUCCGGCUUCAACAAUACUUUCCUGCUGACAUACCAGUCAUUCACUACAGCUUCGGAACUGUUCGAGAUGCUUGUAAAGCGUUGGAGUAUACAGCCUCCAUAUGGACUUGGCGGUGCGGACCUCACAACAUGGGUGGACAAGAAGCAGAAGCCUAUUCGCUUUCGUGUGGUAAAUAUCUUGAAGUCGUGGUUUGACAACUACUGGAUGGAAGCCAAUAACGAGGCCAGCCAACAGCUUAUGCAGCGAGUCUAUGCCUUUGCGAAGGAUACGGUCCAGUCGACGAGCACGCCUGGAGCAGGACCAUUGAUGACUGCCAUCGAGCAGCGUAUGCGUGGCCAGGAUGCGUCCAGUAAGAAGCUUGUUUUGACGUUGAGCUCGCAAGCUCCGGCGCCUAUCAUCCCAAAGAAUAUGAAGAAACUCAAGUUCUUGGACAUUGACGCUCUCGAAUUCGCACGACAGCUGACAAUCAUCGAGUCUAAGCUCUAUGGCAAGAUCAAGCCAACAGAGUGUCUCAAUAAGACAUGGCAGAGGAAGAUCAACCCUGGCGAUCUCGAUCCGGCCGAGAAUGUGAAGGCGCUCAUUCUGCACUCCAACCAACUUACGAAUUGGGUGGCUCAGAUGAUCUUGACCCAAGCGGAUGUCAAGCGUCGGGUAGUAGUGAUCAAGCACUUUGUCACCAUCGCCGACAAAUGUCGUUCGCUGAACAACUUCUCCUGCUUGACUUCGAUCAUCUCCGCGCUAGGCUCGGCACCAAUCCAUCGCCUCGGCAGGACAUGGUCGCAAGUCAACACACGCACAACACAGGUUCUCGAAUCCAUGCGCAAGCUCAUGGGCAGCACGAAAAACUUUCUGGAGUACCGAGAGACACUUCACAAAGCUCAGCCGCCAUGUAUCCCGUUCUUUGGUAUCUAUCUUACCGACCUCACCUUCAUCGAAGACGGUAUACCUUCUAUCAUCAAGAAGACACAGCUUAUCAACUUUGCGAAGCGAGCCAAGACUGCUGAGGUUAUCCGUGACAUUCAGCAGUAUCAGAAUGCGCCGUACAGUCUGCAGACUGUCAACGAGCUGCAGGAAUAUAUCUUAAGAAACAUGCAGAGUGCUGGGGACGUACACGAGAUGUAUGAGCGCAGUUUACAAGUGGAGCCGCGCGAGAGGGAGGAUGAGAAGAUUGCGAGACUGCUGUCAGAAUCCGGCUUCCUAUAG